CCGCCGCGUCCCGUUUGGCGGUGGAGUCGAGCGGGGAGGAUCAUGUCGGUGGAGGCGGCCGACCCGGAGCAGCGCUGACUCACCGCACCGACCGACAAAAGGCUCCUCAUCAUUUUUUUUUAAAAAAACCGCCUCCGCCACAACAUUCGCUUCCCGAUUCACCCAAGAGGUUACUUUUGACCAAGUUUCUCCUCAGCCGCCCCUCACGACGAGCCCCGCGCGUUCCACCGGCAGGAGUUCUCCGUCCCGGGAUUACCUCAAUGUACGUGCUGGGCGCCUGGGCCGACAUGAAGCCAGAGAUCAGCGCGGCGGUGGGCUUCAUCUGCAAGCUCCUGCGGACCAAGGCGACGGUGGACGAGCGGCAGCUGCAGACCUUCCGCCAGUCGCUGCAGGACCUGCUGGCGGAGCACUAUAAACAUCACUGGUUUCCCGAAAAACCGUGCAAAGGCUCCGGGUACCGGUGCAUCCGGAUCAACCAUAAAAUGGACCCCCUCAUCUGGAAGGCGGCGAGCCGGAUCGGACUGAGCAACGAGCAGGUUUACGAACUGCUGCCGAGCGAGCUCACACUCUGGGUCGAUCCAUACGAGGUGUCCUACCGAAUCGGCGAAGACGGCUCGAUCUGCGUGCUGUACGAGGCUCACCCGAUGGGCCACAGCCACCACUUGCACCUGGGGGCCAGCUCGCCGGUGCCCAUGGUGGACGGCAGCCGGACAAGUUGUAAGGACGAGUUGCUGAUGGGCAGGACCAGCCCUUGCAAAACGUACAGCAUGAUGACCGUGUCAAGCUAGUGCACUAGACAAGAGGGGGCUGCAUUGCAAAUGGCCGGGGGGAGGGGUUUGGGGGUUUGUUUUGAGGAGAAGGAAAGGAGAAAGGUUUCUCUUGUGACCCACACUGGGCUUUGCUUUGGAGUUGAUUGCACCUCUUAAAUGUUAAGGAGAAGCUGUGUAGCUCACACAGGCUGUGUGUCUUUAAAAACUAAGGCACAUUUCAUCCAUUUCCAGCAGUCUACCAAAUCCAGACCAAAAUUAUAUGUAUAAUCUAUGUAUAGAAAAAAGGGGAAUUGAAAACUGCCAGCUGUUUGCACCCUUAGCUCAUAGGCAGUAUUUUGACACUUGGCAAUUUGCUUUUUAAAAUACUCAGAAAUUGAAGAUGGGGGUGAUAAUUAUUGCCCUUUGGAUUGGGUUUAACAGCCUUUGUAAAGCUAUAAGAGCACACUGCUCUUUAAUGUUUGACUACCCUCUGAAAUAUCUGUACAUUACUAGCCUAGGGUCUUGUUUUUUUUAAACACUGUUACAGUGAAGUGGAUGCAGACUGUAGUUUCUCGUCCUCUGUGACCAGGUAGCUUCACAAAUGUUGAAUUUGUGAAUUCUAUUUUGACCAUCUCUUGAUACUUGCUAAAUUAUGAACUGCUGUAAAUUUGUACAGUUCAUGUACAUUGUGGCGAAAGUUGUACAGAUUUCUAUUUUGCAAGAGAAAUUUUUUGUCUUCUAUUGUAAUAAAAUGUUUCCUAUCUUGCCAUUUUAACAUAAAACAAAA